AUGGAGACACUACUGGGAGUGAAAGUUGGCUGUUUGUUUGCCCUGCUGGCUCUCACUCUGGGCUGUGGCCUUGUUCCCAUCUCCGUCAAGUGGUUCCAGAUGGAUGCGGCCACAGGUCAUCGACACAGGGUCCUCAACCUCCUGGGCUGUGUCUCUGCCGGUGUUUUCCUGGGAGCAGGGUUAAUGCAUAUGAGCGUGGACGCCCUGAACAGAAUUGACCCAGAGAUCCAGAAGUUUAUGGUGCAGAAUGGGACAGGAAGUAAAGGAAAUUCUUCUGAUGCUGCUCUUUCAGGUCAUGUGGAGUAUCCCUUUGGAGAGCUCAUCAUCUCCCUGGGCUUUUUCUUUGUCUUCCUUUUGGAGUCACUGGCCUUGCAGUGCUGCCCUGGGGCUGCUGGAGAAUCAACAGUACAGGAGAAGGAAUGGGGAGGGACUCAGGUCUUUGGAUUCCAUAAGCACCCACCUGUGCUGUGUCCCUCACAGAGUCCCCUGCGAGCCCUCGUCCUUCUGGUCUCGCUGUCCUUUCACUCAGUAUUUGAAGGUCUAGCUGUGGGACUUCAGACAACAGUCGCAGCCACUGUCAAGCUCUGCAUUGCUGUUCUGGCUCAUAAGGGGCUCAUAGUGUUUGGUGUCGGACUGCGGCUGGUGAAGACUGGCACUGGGCCACGAUGGGCCAUAUUCUCCAUACUGUCAUUAGCUCUCAUGUCCCCCCUGGGCCUAGCCCUAGGGCUGAGUGUGGCUAGAGGGGACUCUACAGCAGAGAAGGGCUUAGCCCAAGCUCUCUUAGAGGGGAUAGCAGCUGGCACAUUCCUCUAUGUCACCUUCCUAGAAAUUUUGCCGCGGGAACUGGCUAGUCCCGAGGCCCCUCUGGCCAAGUGGGGCUGUGUGGCUACUGGUUUUGCCUUCAUGGCCCUUAUUGCUUUAUGGGCCUGAGAGAUUCCUCACUGCUUUGAUGGACUUAACUAAGGAGGACUUCUCCAUAUCCCAGAGGCCCUCCGACAUUAUUUUCAAAGAGAUGGAACAUUUAUUAGGCAUCAUCCCCAUGGACUGGAGCCCAGAUUUUAUAUAUAUAUAAUAUAUUUGGUUUGAGUGUCUAUUUAACUGGAAAAUUGGUAUAAAGGCCAUCACUCUAGAUUUGCUAUUGUGUAUAAUAAAAUGCCUGUUUUAGCUUUUCCAUUCA